AUCAGGAGGAUACAGAUCCUAACUUAUUCCAAAAGAAUGUAACGUUAAAGAAUAAUAGCAUGGUUACAACGGACUACAUAAUUGGGGAAUACCUUGGCAGUGGCAAAUUUGGUGAAGUCAAACGAUGUGAAGAGAAGAGAUCUGGAGGUGAAUUCGCCGCCAAAUUUGUUCCAAUUGCAUCCAAAGAUGACCUGGACAGUGUACAGAAUGAAAUCGCUAUAAUGAACAAACUCAGACAUCCACGUCUUAUUCAACUUUAUGAUGCCUAUCAGUAUAAAAACGAAGUGGUUAUGGUUUUGGAACUCAUCACCGGUGGGGAGUUGUUUGAACGUAUCAUUGACGAGUCAUUCGACUUGAAUGAAGCGAGAUGCAUACGAUUCAUGAACGAGAUACUCCAAGGAGUGGAAUACAUUCACACUCAAGGUGUGCUGCAUUUAGAUUUGAAGCCGGAAAACAUCUUGUGCUUAUCCAGGACCAGCUUUAAGACAAAAAUCAUUGAUUUUGGCUUGGCACGAUUUUACGAUGGAAAAGAAUUAUGCGUGUUAUUUGGAACACCGGAGUUUGUCUCUCCUGAGGUCAUUUCCUACGAACCCGUAACCCCAGCUGCAGACAUGUGGUCGCUGGGUGUGAUAUGUUACGUCAUGUUGUCUGGAUUGUCGCCCUUCAUGGGCGAUAGUCAAAGUGAAACUCUGUCAAACAUACUGAGGGUGACGUACGAUUUCAAUUAUCCAGAGUUUGACGACAUUUCGGAUUAUGCCAAAAAUUUUAUCCGCAAACUUCUAGUAAGGGAUCCUCGCAAGCGUUUAACCGCGUCUGAGUGCCUACAGGAUCCAUGGAUUAAACGUAAGAAAAAUCUGAAACGCAAAGGAACCGUGAGCAAAAAAAGCCUAAAACACUUUGUGUACAGAAGGAAGUGGCAGAAAGCUGUAAAUGCGAUUGUUGCUUUACUCCGAAUGGGUGUGGUGCUUCAUCAUUCGCAUGAAGUUAACUCACCCAGCAUGGUUAAUGCAGAAUUUCAACCGCAAAAACCCAUACAUUUACCAGAGUGCCAAUCAAAUACCUCCAUGAAUAAAGACAAAGCGUUACAAACUACAGCAAAGAAGGAGGGAAAAAUAGGUGCAAUAUUUACAAGAAAGACGCCAAAGCGCUCAAUCGGAAGCGAAUCCGACAGCCCAACUACAAGUCAAGCAAAUUCCUCCAGACGUUCCUCUAUUCUGAGCAGAUUUGGUUGCCGUGAAGGAUCUGUAGAUAGUACAAAAUUAGUGAACCCUUCAGUUCGGCGUGGAAAAAGUGAUAAGAAAGAAAAAAGUCUAAUCAACAUGGUUAAGGAGAAUCCAAAGAUAAUUGCCCUCACCAAACGUAGUCCUGCAUUCCCUCCGGUUUCAAGUACUGCACCGUCUGAACAUAAGCAACAAACUCCAUCAGGAGGCAGCAGUAAUGUGUCCGCCCAAAUCCCAGUUUCCCUCCAUAAUGUAGAAGAACCGAGCAGGUGUAUUCCCCUACCAAUUAAUAAACUACCAUGUACCAAUGAUACACCUAAUUUGAUAGAUAAGCCCGAACUGCAAGCCAGGACACAGCGACCAAACGAACUUACAAGCAGUAAGCAGAUUUCCGUGACCAAACUAAGCACUGCAAGAAAACCAGUCCGGAAAACGGUGGCACCUUCGACCGGUGGAAUUGCAGCCAAAAUAGGUUUCUUUAGCAAUCUGUCCAAGUGAUUUAGGAGAACAAAAGUCCAAAGGUUUCUCACCAUCAAUGAAGGAAAACGAAAAUCAGCGGACUGUACACUAUCCGGACCAGAGAUUUUGCAAAAUUCCUAUGCUUAACAUAUCAAAUUCCACUUCUGUUCCCCCACUCAAUUUCUGAGUGCAUACUAUGAGCUGUGAAUUAUUUUUCCUAAACACAGAACGUUUAAACAUUCACUAGAAUCAUGCGUAUGAUAAGUUACCGGUUGACAAACGCAUCGAAACUUCGACUGCGAACACUUUUAAUACUCGCUUGCAAUUAUUGCUUUUCACGCUAUCCCUGAAAUACAGACACUCUGAUUAAGAUGCUUGGCACGCGGAAUGCAU